AUGCAGAAUUACCAGACCUAUCAAAAGUUUGAUUCGUUGCUUGGACGUUUAACAUCAACCGGAAAGCCAUUUACUAAAAAGAAGCCAAGGCUAUCUUCCCCCACAUAAGUGUCAAUAUCUAUUCCUCUCUAGUCCAUGACCACUAGUCAUAAAAAUGAAGGGCUAGAAACUACAAAAGAUGCUCAGAGAUCUUUAUUAGAAAAGGCCCUGACCCUUAAUUUUAACGAUUUAGCCAAGGCUAGUAGACCUCAACCUAGCUCAUAGCUUAGUUCAAGAAAUUCUAGCAAAUAGGUUUUAAGCACAGGAAUCAUCAAGUCUAAUAGUAGGUAACUGCAAAGAUCUAGGUAAAAUACUCAGUCAAAAACUCAUCACUCAUAACACAGUGUUAAUCUCAAUUAAAACAGAGUUUCAAACUACUCGAACUCAGGAAUAUCAAAGGCAUCUUAUUUGACAAACCCCUCAAGUAAUUAUACCCAUUCAAGCGAAAUUUAAGGCUAUCAUUAAAGUGUACCUAAAAUAGGAUAAUCAUUAAAUACAAACAGAACAAAAUAUAAUAGCAAGGUAGAUAAGCAAAGUAGCAAAAAUGGAGGCAAGUAAAGUCUUAUAUUCUUUGAGAGAUUUAAUCAAGUUAUAAGAGAAGAUAGAUCUUUUUCACCAACCAAUGCUGAUUUUAUUCCUUUCUAAAUGACAGCAGAAACUCCAAAUUAAAACAACAAGAAAAUUUACGAUAUGGAUUAAGACAACUCUAUUCAAGGUCCUUAAAGAUUUAAUUUGAGAUAACCUUCAAGAUCGAAUAUCAAAAGCUGCAACAUUGUACUUUUUGAUAUUUCAAGUAACAAUAAAAGUAAUAGCAAGACUAAUGGGAAGCUUGAAAAGAGACUCAGUCAUAAUUAAAGCUAUGAAAUUGAGGAUUAAAUUGAAUAGAUGAGAGCAAUUUAAGAGUUGAGUUACUAGUAAUUAGAUCAGCCAUUCGAAUCAAGAACACUAAGAUUAACUAAAAAAAUACAGAGAUGGUAUAAGUAGAUUCUUCAUAAAAGAAAAGCAAUUAAAGCAAAGAAAUACCUAAAAGCUAAUCUUGGAAGGUAUAUCUUAGGGCAUAGAGUUAGAAAGGCAUUCAAAUGGCUAUAAAAGUAGUAAAUUGGAAAAGAAGCUAUUGAUUUAUUGAGGAUUAAGAAUGAUGUGAUUAUUUUCACCUAAAAAUCUAACCUCUCAGGGAAUAACACCUUAUCUCAGGCUCAAAAUGCCUCAAAUGAUCCAUUUAUCCAAAAUAUUACUAAAUAGCUGAGAAUAAAACUAUAAGAAUUCAAUCAGCAACUUACACUCUAGCUUAUUAAUCUUAAAAAAGGAAAGAAAUUAGAGAUUCAGAGCUUGAAAGAUCAGUUAGUGUUGCUAAACAAGAGACUUAAUCUAAAAAGAUAGAAAAGCAAUGAAAGAGGUGCAUCAGAAAACAGUAGAAUUAUUUAAAACUCUCUUAUCUAGAAUAAUUUAGGGGAUUAAAAUCAGCAAACUAUAAAGAAUAAACUUAGAGUCCUAUUCUAAAGAGUUGAGAAUAUUAUUUUGUCUAAUAGAAAAGAUUCUUCAGACGUCCUGGAUGACUGUCUAGAGAAUAUUAAAGAGCUUUAUGAAAACGAGAAGAGAAAGCGCAGUAUUAUUCAAAACGAAGACUCAAUCAGAACUCUCUUGUGA